AUGAAUGGUGAUAACGUGCUCCAUAACGAGAACUUUGGAGGAGAUAUAGAGGUGAAUGGUGAUAACGUGCUCCAUAACGAAAACUUUGGAGGUGGUAUGGAGGUGAACGGUGAUAAUGUGCUCCAUAACGAGAACUUUGGAGGAGGUAUGGAGGUGAAUAAAGUGCUCCAUAACGAGAACUUUGGAGGAGGUAUGGAGGUGAAUGCUGAUAACGUGCUCCAUAACGAAAACUUUGGAGUAGGUAUGGAGGUGAAUAGUGAUAAUGUUCUCCAUAACGAAAACUUUGGAGGAGGUAUGGAGGUGAAUAAAGUGCUCCAUAACGAGAACUUUGGAGGACGUAUGGAGGUGAAUGGUGAUAAUGUGCUCCAUAACGAAAACUUUGGAGGAGAUAUGGAGGUGAGUGGUGAUAAAGUGCUCCAUAAUGAGAACUUUGGAGGAGGUAUGGAGGUGAAAGGUGAUAAAGUGCUCCAUAAAGAGAACUUUGGCGGAGGUAUGGAAGUGAAUGGUGAUAAAGUGCUCCAUAACGAAAACUUUGGAGGAAGUAUGGAGCUAAAUGGUGAUAACAUGCUCCAUAAUGAGAGCUUUGGAGGAGGUAUGGAGGUGAAUGGUAAUAAGGUGCUCCAUAACGAAAACUUUGGAGGAGGUUUGGAGGUGAAUGGUGAUAAAGUGCUCCAUAACGAGAACUUUGGAGGACAUAAUGCCUUAAUGAUACUUGCAAGCACAGAGAAUGCCAAAACAUCGAUGGUAAAGGAAGAUUUGAAACUGGGAUUCGCGCAGAAGAAAGCCAGCGCUAAGAAAGGAAAAAUACGUACUGGAAGUAUUGGGAGACAGAAAUCCAGGCCCAGAUUAUUGAUCCACCGAAGAAAUAGAGUAGUACUUUCUGCUCGUCCAGCUUCGACACGUUUUGUUUUUUAA